AUGUGUGUGCACGUAUGUGCGUCGCGUGUGCACGCCUGUGUGUGCGAGUACACGUGUGUACAUGCGUGUAUGUACCUGGGAGUGCGUGUGCACACCUGUGUGUAUGAGAACACGUGUGUGUAUGCGUGUGUUUGUGUGCAUGUGUGUGUCCGAGAACACGUGUGUGCACCACACGCGUGUGCACGUGUGUAUGUGCCUGUGAGCGCGUGUCGUGCCUGUGUGUGCGAGUACACGUGUGCACAUGCGUGUAUGUGCCUGGGAGUGUGUGUGCACACCUGUGUGUAUGAGAACACGUGUGUGCACACGUGUGUCUCACACGUGUGUGCACGCAAGUAUGAGCCUGUGAGCGUGUGCACACGCCUGUGUGUGCGAGUACACGUGUGUGCACGCAUGUAUGUGUGCACGCGUGGGGGUGUGCGUGCCCGUGUGUACGAGUACACGGGUGUGCAUGUGUCGUGUGUGCACGCCUGUGUGUGCGAGUACACGUGUGUACAUGCGUGUAUGUACCUGGGAGUGCGUGUGCACACCUGUGUGUAUGAGAACACGUGUGUGCACGCGUGUGUCCCGCGUGUGCACGCCUGUGUGUGCGAGUACACGUGUGUACAUGCGUGUAUGUGCCUGGGAGUGCGUGUGCACACCCGUGUGUGCAAAUACACACGUGUCACGCAUUGCGUGUACAUGCGUGUGUCCAUACGUGUGCACACGCGU